AUGGCCAGAAAUCCGGCGGGUAAUGCGGAGUAUGAUGCACAGGUCGAAGCGCUGGGAAUGCCUCCGGUCCCUGCUGUGAACGGAUCACACUGCCAAGGUCGCCCAGACGCUCUGUUUCCAUGCGAUCGCGAGUCAUUCUUUCUCAAUCUUUUGGCUCGUCAUCCGGUCGUGGCCCCUUUUCAUACUCCCGUCUACACCAACCUUGCCUAUCAACUCUUUGCGUAUGCCUUGGAGAACAUGACUUCCUCCAGAUUUCCGGCACUGGUCAAUGCUACCUUCCGAAAACUUGAUCUCAACUCGACAUACUACAGUCUUCCAUCGUCUUCGGAAUCUGCGGUCAUUCCUAUCAACGAGACCGCAUCUUGGUAUUCAGUUAACAUUCGAUCCCUGGACCCAGGUGGCGGCUACUACAGUACCGUCAAUGACAUGCGCAAGUUUGGCCUUUCUAUCCUCAAUUCGACAAUUCUACCGGUGUCGAUGACCCGUCGGUGGUUGAAACCACAUUCCUUCACUCCGGACGACUCCGUGAUCGUUGGUGCCCCUUGGGAAAUUAUCUCUUAUCCGCCUAUGGAUAGAUUCCCGACGAGGAUAUAUUCGAAAGCCGGCGAUCUGGGCCUUUACAGCUCCAUGAUGGGACUGAUACCCGACUACGACGUCGGAUUUACCGUGCUGACUGCAGGAGGACAACAUUCCAUAGAGACUCGGCUCUUGUCUGACUUGAUCAGCUCAAUGUUCAUCCCCGCAUUAAAACAAGCAGCGAGAAUACAGACGCAAAGGUUGUAUGCUGGACGCUAUGCGGAUGAAAGCACCAAUUCGAGUCUUCAACUCAGUGUCCAGGACCAGGGCAGCGAGGAAGGGGGAUCAUAUCUCAAGAUCGAUCAAUGGAUCUUCAACGGCAUGAACAUGAUUGAGUUCAUUGCGCAGGACCUCUUGCUUCUUCCUCAAACGGUUGCUAUCGAUUUGAGUCUGUUCCCGACGGGCCUCAUAGACGCGGCGCAAAAUGGAGGAGACAAGUUGGUCAGUUGGCGUGGCACGUUCAACAUCAUCUCCACCAGCUCUUUGUCGGCCACAUCCGCCUUGCAGCCGUUCAUGGGGCCAUUUUCCAAUGCGUGUGGUACCUGGGGCUCGGUGGACGGGUUCACUUAUGGCGCUCGCGCUUUUGAUGAGAUUCUUUUCCGUGUCGAUCCUAACAAUGGGACCGUGCUUGGGAUCGACACGCGGGUUCUACAACAAGGAUUUUUGGACAAAAUGGAGACAACAACCGGUGGAAAUUCGAAAGCGAAAAGAGAUGUCAGGAAAGGUCCGGAGAUAGAGUGUGGGCUGACGUACUCUGUAACCAUUUCAUUCGAUCACAAACGCAUGGAACAUUUCGAAUUUUUUAUCAUGCCAUCUAGUCGACAAGCGUCUGAUGAUCUGGUGAUGCCCUUUCCUCAACUACUUGUGCACAAGGCUCUCUGA